AUGUCAUUCACAAUCACUGAGCAUAGUUUGUUGUUAGUGGUUAAGAAACUAAGAAGCCAAUAUACUCUUGCAGAAUACCCACCCUGGCUUGAGGCUCCAGGAAGAGAUGUACUCACUGCCACAACCUCUAUCCACCCACCCACACAUACAGACGAUGACCUCUAUGGCCAUGAGUUGACCCGAGACCCAACACCCCAGUCUCAGCAAUCCCACUCCUAUGAACGAACACAACCACCUCCACUGGCCUAUCAUAUCUCUCAGUCUCCACCUAACUACCAGACUCCUGCUGCUAAAAACAAUUACCCAGAGCAAACCCCAGCUCCUCCUCAUCAUGCACAGCUCAGCAGUCACUAUCCUACACCUUCCUAUGAUAGUGGUCCUCAUUCCCAACAUGGCUACCAUUCUUCCUCUGGUCCUAGGUCACACAAAGCCAACACCUACCACCCUUCAGAAUUAAUUGAGCAGAGUGGGUACUACCUUUCAAACCACACAGAUGGACAGAAUGCCUCUAAUAACCGCUAUUCUGACCAACCUACCAAUGGUUCAAGUGGGGCAUAUCCUAGCACUAACAGACAUGGUGCUUCACACACAUAUUACCCAACUAACAGCCACUAUGCAAGCAGCAGACACAGAUGAAGUCAGCUUCAAGGAUGGAGACCUGAUCAUCAACUGUACAGCCAUUGAUGAAGGAUGGAUGACAGGCACGAUCCAGCGCACGGGGGUCACGGGCAUGUUGCCAGCCAACUAUGUAGAAAGAGUCAGCUGAAGUGUUUUCUCAUGGUAUCAGUGCACGGGGGAUCCUUGUGAACAUAUAUGUAGGAGUUUUAAGUAAGUUUUCAUUUUAUGCUUUCCUGUGUUCAGCAUCUUUUUGUCAGUAAUUGAACUAUUUGUUAACCUUUUUAUUUUGUCACUGAUGUUGAUUUAGGGCAGAAUUUCAGUUCAAAAGCUACACAGUUAAAACAUGGGAAUAUUUAACCUUUUUACCAUAGUUAUCAUACAUCUUAAUUAUUUUCUUCAUUGGAAAACUAAUGAUUCCCGUCAUGAGUGCUUCUAAAAGUGAGGUCAGGUAAGUGGACUGUGCAUGUACUGAGCACCAAUGGGUGAAGAUAAAAGGAUAAAGAAACACUGUACCUUAGUAUCCCAGUUUCAGAGUGCAUGAAGGGGUUUUGCAAAUGCUUUCCAUGGCUGCCUUGAGCAAGUACUUUGUUAGGGCACUGCAUACAGUGCCUGUUUUGGAAUCACAUUAGGAUAUGUUUGACUUUUUUCUUUUUUUAUUGAUGUACCAAAGCUUGUGUGAAUAUGAUUUAGGAAAAGCUGCAGAUCUGCUAGAUGAGAUAUGGGUUUUAUUAUGAUAUAAUAUUGAUAAUAAUUAUUUAUCAUGUGUAUCUGUGGCCUUAUUCUAUCUAGCCUUAACAUUUUGCUUCUUUAGAAUAUGAUGAUCUUAAAAACUGGAUUUGACACAGAUAAGCAGCCUGUCCUAACUACAGCUAAUAAGUACAGUAUGACUAAAGCUCAAAGAUAACAGGCUGCCAUGUAUGUGAAAUAUUAGUAGGGUAAGCAUGUUGAUUAAAAAUGAAAAAGAAUCCUUGAAAAUCCAGGAGUGCCUACCUUAUGCUAAGAUACUUACUUAAUAUUUGCAUGUUAGAAAAUUCUUUGUAUGAGAUAAUUUCUUGAAACAAAUGUGUGAUAUGUUGUGCCUUGUUUAAAGAUAUGAUUUCAACCAUCACAUUAACAUUCACAAAGUUAGAAGUAAUCACUGUCAUAUACGACUAUUCAAAGAGAUUUUGUUGAUUACAACUUUUUUAUUUAAGUUGCAGUUUAUAGGAUGUAUUUCUGAGACUAAAUAAAUUUCUACAGUUCCAUAAAUGCUUGUCUAUCCAUACUGUUUCAGCCCAUAAAAGGGAAGUUGUUGAAAAGAGAGAACUUAAGUAGCACUGGACAAUCUUUCUCUUUCUUCCUUUUUUCCAUUUUAGUUCUUAAGCAUCAAGGUUUAGACUCAUAUGUAAUUCAACGGUUGAUUAAUAUUUCCUAUUCUUAGUCAAUUAUUAUUCUUCAUCAGAAUGAUUGGCACUUUUUUGACUUUAUAGAACUUUCAGAUCAAAUGGUGCACUAUAUGCACUCUCAAUUUUUACUGUAAAAUCCCUACCUAGUUUAUGUAAGGAAAGCCAGUAAGUUUCAUAGAUAUUAGAAUAAAAUAAUGUAGGUGACCUGUAAUUGUCCAGUGAUCCAUAGGUUUCUAAAUUACAAAGGAUAUGGAGUAUGACAUUUUUUCUGUGAUGGAAAUUCCACAGUAUGUCUGUAUCAUAUGUACAUUAACCAUCCACCAUAAUCAUCUCCAGUGUAUAGAUUUUUCUAUCUGUUUUGAGAUGCUGAAUAAUAUUUGCAAAGUUGAUGUCCAAAAAGCAAAAUUGAAUAGCCCUUGGUCUUUUGGGUCAAGGGCUUGUGUUUUGAAUUUUAUAUUUUUAUAGAGCCAAACUCUUUUUCCAAAAUUUUAUCAUUGUUAUUUUUGCCAUUUGUUUCCCUGUUCAGGACAUUGUCUUUUGCAUUGUCAUUUCCUGAAAUGGUUUGGUAAAUGAAUUCCUCUGAAUUACAGUUUCUUAGGUUUAAUCCCUAAAAUUGUUUUGUCAUAUUUUUUCUUAUUCAUAAAUAGUGUAUAUUUUCUGUAUUUAUUAUAAUUUGUUUAAGAGUAAGAACUUUAAAAAUAAAUUGAGAUAUCAAAGUUUCAAGAAAGA